AUUUGGAAUACAGCUAUAUGAAAACUAAAGCAGUGUCCAAUAAUGGUGGCUUGUGACAUCACAGACCACAAAUCGCCAGCUAAAAAGAGCAACUAUUAUUGAAAUAAAUAUGAAGAUAAAUAGAAGAAUCACCUAAGAAAAUGAGAGAAAAAGAGGGAGUGGGGGAGGAGGAAACUUAGUACCAAUGGGGAAUGGUUUGAUCGUUGAUUCUCAAUCGACAACUGUCUCGAUGCAACGAUCGUGCCAUAAUUACACAAUUCUAUGUUCUUUUCGAAAGCCAAUCACUGAAGAAAAGGGAAAAGAAAAGAGAAAGCACAAAGACUCAUCUUUUCGUCGAAAGUAUUAUUCAAAAGACCGUAUCUCAAUUCACUUUUUAGGACAAGAGAAGAACAUGUUUUUCCCUAUAAAAGGGGGUUUUCAGAGCCUGGUUCGAAUCAAAACAGCCUACAUUUGAGAAGAAGAAAAGAAAAACAGAUUUCACAGUAGGAAAAUAGAAUGGAUCAGCUAAACAGCAUCAAGUCGAGUAUUUGGAAGAAGAAUAUGCACAAAGAACAUGUUCCAAGAAUUCACAACACUUCAAGAGAAUAUACUGUUCCUGGUCGAAAAGCAGUGUUACCUGAUGGCGAAUAUCAACUUCUAUCUUCUCCAGCAGAGCGCUGCUCCAAAAUCAAACAUAAUGCAGGUAGAAUGAAUUCGGUCAUCACUAAAGUGACCAAGCUAGGAGAAAGAAUGGAUGUUUUUACACAAGAAUUGAGAGAACACGUGAGAUUAGGUCCGAAGCUAAGCGAUACAGUGCGAGGAAAGAUGUGUUUGGGAGCAAAAAUCCUUCAGGAUGGAGGGUUGGAGAGAGUUUUCAGGCAGAAAUUCAAUACUGGAGAUGAUGAGAAGCUGUCGAAGGUUUCCCAAUGCUAUUUAUCAACAACAGCAGGGCCAAUCGCCGGGCUCCUUUUCGUUUCCAAUGAUAGAGUCGCCUUCUGCAGUGAGAGAUCCAUCAAACUCACCACUCCGGCAGGGAAGCUGCUAAAAGUACAUUACAAGGUGAUGAUCCCAUUGAGAAAAAUAAAGAAAGCAGUUGAAAGUGAGAACACAUCAAAACCAUCACAGAAGUAUGUGCUGCUGGUGACACGAGACGAUUUUGAAUUCUGGUUCAUGGGGUUUCUUAAUCAUCAAAAGACUUUGAAGUUUCUCCAGCAAGCAAUCAACCAAAUUAGAUAACAACAUAAAAUUUAGUGUUUUUGCCUUAGAAAAGAACGCUAUACUGUAUACAAAACAAUAACGAGUUAUGACCUCAGCCUCAUCUGUAACGGGAGAUCUAGAACAAGAAUUCAUCCAUCUUUAUCAUCUAUACAUCUGUAUGAGAAAAAAAAACAGCACGCCUUACGAAUCU